CCAAACUGGCAUACGGGUUCUCGCGCUGACCUUCUUUGCAUGGCGUGCGGCUCUGCUGCCCAAUAAAUACGUUGCCUGUGGACAUAUCAAGCAAUACACAGCAUACCAGCAAGCUGGAACGCUGUGCGUGACGAGUUGCGCAGCGCGGCGCAGCAGAGCGGCAGGAUGUUGCCGGUGGAGCGGCGUGCACCUGCCGGGCGGCCGGCAAGCGCACCGCCGCUGUCCCGCGCGGCGGGCUUGCGCAGCUCCAGGACGUCAUCGUCCGCAACUGGCUCAGCGCUAUCAGCCAGUCACGGCAGGGCGAAGAGCGUGUCACCCCGAGACGUAGCUUGUCCCUCCCUGCUGAUCACCAACCCUGGCAGUAGCAAGCUUAUCACAGUGGAGAACCGUGCUGCCGACGUGGCCGUGCUGGGCUCCAGCAGCCUGGCAUACGCGUCUGCCCUGUCACUUGCGAGGAGGGGCAAGAAGGUGGUGCUGCUUCCAAACCUGGGGCUCACGGCGCCACGCCCGGCAGCUGAGGUGCUGCGGCCACUUCAGCUGACACACCCGGACGCCGGAAUUGUCAGCCUGGCUGCGGAGUCGGCUGCGUACUGGCGCGGCCUGCAGGCCCAGGCGGCCGGCAGCGGCUACACGGUCCUGGAGGACUGCCGCACACUGGACCUGGGCAUGGUGCGUGGCGGAGGAAUGGCGGGCGAGCUGCUGGGCGCCAUGCAGGACGCAACCAAGGCGGCUGGUGUGCGGCUGGCUACGCUGCGUCAUGAGGAGUUGAUGGGCCUGUUCCCCGCCAUGAAGCUUGAUAACCUCACGACUGGGCUGAUGCAGCCGGAUGGGGGCGUGCUGAACAAGACGGCGGCAGAGAAGCUGCUGAGAAGUCUAUGCGAGCGACAGGGUGUGCUGGUCCGAGACCGUGUUGUACUAAGAGGCUGGCGUGACGAGGGCGACCACUUUCGGCUGCGCACAAGCGGUGCUCUCAUGCCUGACGCGGUAAGCCUGUUCGAAGUGGAGCAGCUGCUGGUGGCGCCCGAAUGCUGGCCCCAGCAGGCGAUGCGGCUGUUUGGGGCCAUGGCGGAGGUGCAGGUGAUGCAGUCGGGCUACCUGCGAUGUGACGCGGCUGCUAGCCUGUCAAAGCUGCCGGUGUGGCGGUCGCUACGCAUGGUGGGCGGUGCCACAGACGACUCCCCCGCCGAUUUGGAGGUGGUAUCCGGGUACCCAGCGCACGUGAGCGACCGAGACGGCAGCCGAGCCUCCAUGAAGCUGACCACAUGCGUGGCGGAGCAGCCGGGCGGGCCGCCCUGCAGGGUAUUCGACCCCUGGAGCUGGUCGCCGCAAGACUCCAUUGGCGGGACAUGGACUGCAGCACACAAUCGGGCCGGCACACUGCUUCGUGGCGUCGGCCCAGUUAUGGUGCCUCGGGGCUCUCAGCUGCCUCGCCUACAUACGUCUCUGCACGUCAGCACGCCCGACGGCUGGCCCGCGGUCGGGUCGAUUCCGGGUGUUGAGGCGGGGCGGAUCGUGUUUGCCACGGCGGCAAGCAGUCGGCAUGUCCAGCAGCCGACGGGUGUAGAUGACAGCAGUACCAGCACAGGUGGCUCCAGCAGUGAUGGAAAGGCUGCAUCGAGCGCCUCCAAUGCUGCGCCAGCAGGACAGCACAGUGCGCCAUCCGCCGCCCAAGGCACGGACACAGGCGCCUCCAGCCAGCCGUCGUGGCUGUCUGGGCCGCUACGUGAUGUGGUGCUGGUGACGGAUGGGUACAGCCUGUCGCCACUGCUCGCCAAGAUCGCCACCGAUGUGGUCACGGGUGGGCGCAUUUCGGAGGCAGACCCCAGCCGACUGGAGGUGUCUCGCAGCUGCUUGGCAGCCGCAACGGUGGAGGGCUCGGACCCAUGGGAUGGCCUCUCACUGCUGCAGAGUGGGGCCGCGUAUGCCAAGACGGACGAGGAGGCACAAGAGCGGAAGGAGGCAUUGGCGAAGGGCGCCCGCCUGGUGGGUGGAGAGGUCGACGAAGUUGCAAGGGAAGCUACCGAGCGGGAGGGGCCCCUGCGCAAGUUCACUUUUAUGUAGAGUGUAGCCGGUGGGAUAAAGAUACCCUGGUGUGAGUCAUGAACGUAGUUAUGAGGACCAAAGUACGGGGCAAUGGACCGCAUUAAACCAGAGGUCCAUUACAGGGGAGUUAUUAGAGGUGUAAGGUGUAGAGGUUUCAUGUUUCAUUGUUGAAACCGUAUCAUGCCGGGCCGGAUGCCCCUAUGUUACGUUCACUGGAUAUUGUUGACAAUGAAAUGGAGUACGAGGUCAAAUCAAUUUGUGUGAUCGAUUGGUGUGCUUUUGGCAGGGGAACAUGCCCGAGGUUGGUUGGCCCAACACGGUGCAUUGCAUGGGAGGCCGGAGUAUGGGUGAGCAGAGAGAGGAUGUAGGUCGCGUCUGAGAGCGGCUAGAGCCGUCUCUCAUUCUGAUCCUCGGUGUAUAGUCUUGGACCGUUCAAUGUGAGGGACCUAAAGUCAGUGGCAACGAACAUGAACGUGAUCGUCUUGCGCUGCCCUGGUCUCACUCCUACGCAUACGCUCCAGGCCGCCUACGCCAUAACCAACACAGGCCAACACGGCCAUUGCAGAGGCCGACAGAACAGAUCUGCAAACACCGGGUGUGUGUGAUGUGCCGUACCGUUUGUAUGUGGGUGGUGGAGUCUGGAGAACAGGUUGAGCCUGUCCUCCCCAGCCGUCCGGCCUAGGUCCAUUGACGUAGGGAGCUAGACGGUUAGUUUGACCCUGUCUCAGCGCUAGCCCCAAUACACCGUCCUGACUGGGGUCGUACUGGGGACUGACAGGGGUCGUAUCUUGUUUUCGGGUGAUGUCUAGCUCCAGAACAACCGGGUGGCCGCUGUCUUUUGUCUGGGCACGCACAUGGCGGUUUGGGGGCUUCUCCAUAGGAAUUCGGACAACAAGGGGUGUCAGCUUUGUACAGCUGGAAAAUGGGCUGAGCCCCAUGAAGCGCAAGGGAUGUGACGAUGGGCACCGGCGACAUGAACAGCACCCUUGCAAGCCCAUCCAGCGGGACUGGCCACUAUGCCAACGCC